CCUCCCACCCGCGCUCCCGCGACAAGUCUGACGACCGCCGAGGCCCACGUUGGACCCCUGGGUUCUCCACUGACCCAUGUGCACCCCGCGGCUCGUGCUACUGCAAGUGUUCUUCCUGAUGGUCCCCAAGGGCGCCCGGUCUCAGCCCUCUGGCUCUCCGUCAGGGGCAGUGCCCACCCCUUCGGACUCUGAUGCAAGGACGCAGGACGGGCCCCUCCAGUCCUCGGAGGGGACUGUAACCCCCCGUGCUGUGCCUGGGAUCUCCACGGUACGCCCUGCUGUGGUGACCCCCUCGGCGCCUGGGAAUAGGACCGUGGACCUCUUCCCAGUCUUACCGAUCUGUGUCUGUGACUUGACUCCUGGUGCCUGUGAUAUAAACUGCUGCUGCGACAGGGAUUGCUAUCUUCUCCAUCCGAGGACAGUUUUCUCCUUCUGCCUCCCUGGCAGUGUAAGGUCUUCAAACUGGGUGUGUGUGGAUAAUUCCCUUAUCUUCAAGAGUAAUUCCCCUUUUCCUUCAAGAGUUUUCAUGGAUUCAAAUGGAAUUAGGCAGUUUUGUGUCCACGUGAACAACUCAAAAUUAAACUAUUUCCAGACGCUCCAAAAGGUCAACGCAACCAACUUCCAGGCCCUGGCUGCACAGUUUGGAGGCGAGUCAUUCAUUUCAACAUUCCAAACCCAGUUGCCAUCACCUUUUUAUAGGGCUGGGGACCCCAUUCUGACUUACUUCUCCAAGUGGUCUUUAAUCAGCUUACUGAGACAGCCUGCAGGAGCUGGAGCUGGGGGGCUCUGUGCCGAGAACAAUCCUGCAGGUUUCCUCCAGAGUAAAAGUACAACUUGCACUCGUUUCUUUAAGAACCUGACGAGUAGCUGUACCUCAAAUCCAGCCCUUGAUGCUGCCUCUUACUUUAACUUCACAGUUUUGAAGGUUCCAAGAGGUAUGACUGAUCUGCAGAAUAUGAAGGUGCCUGUAACGCUUAUCUCACAGGCUGGUUCUCCUCUGUUGUCUGGAAACACUUGUCAGAACGUUGUUUCCCAGGUCAUCUAUGAGAUAGAGACCAAUGGUACUUUUGGAAUCCAGAAAGUCUCAGUCAGUUUUGGACAAACCAACCUGACUGCCAAGCCAGGUGUUUCCUUAGAGCAACACUUCAUCAUUCGCUUUAAGGCUUUUCAGCAGAGCACAACUGCUUCAUUUACUGGUCCUAGAAGCGGGAAUCCUGGCUAUAUUGUUGGGAAACCACUCUUGGCUUUAACUGGUGAUGUAAGUUACUCCAUGACACUCUUGCAGAGCCUGGGGGAUGGAGCCUGCUCUGUUAAGAGACAUAAAGUACAAUUUGGAGUGAAUGCAAUAUCUGGAUGCAAGCUCAGGCCACAGAAGGCGAACUGCAGCCACUUGCAGCAGGAAAUUUAUCAGACUCUUCAUGGAAGGCCCAGACCAGAGCGUGUUGGCAUCUUUGGUAAUGCCGACCCAGCCCAGAAGGGAGAGUGGGGCCCAAUCCUCAGCAGGAACUGCAAUGUUUCGGUUAUAAAUUGUACUUCCUGCUGUUUUAUACCAGUUUCCCUGGAAAUCCAGGUAUUGUGGGCAUAUAUAGGCCUCCAGUCCAACCCACAAGCUCAUGUGUCAGGAGCCCGAUUCCUGUACAAGUGCCAGUUCAUACAGGAUUACCAACUAGUAACAGAAGUACCUCUGACAACUAUUGUGACCUUUGUGGACAUUACACAGAAGCCAGAGCCUCCAAGGGGCCAGCCCAGAAUUGACUGGAAACUGCCAUUUGACUUCUUCUUUCCCUUCAAAGUGGCAUUCAGCAGAGGUGAAGACUCUCAGGAAGGCUCAGUCUCUUCUAUUAUUAUGCUGUGUCUCCUACUACUUGGAGUUUUCAACCUAGAGACGAAGUGAAGAAAGAAGUAAAAGAUUUAAAUUUUCCCCAUGGGAAGCUCUGAGGUAGCCUACUUAUCUUGGCUAAACAGAUCCUCACCUGCUCAUGAAAAAAGGAAAGCAUUUAGGAUAAUAAAGGACUUAAAUGAAGGAAUCUUGGUAUAUGAAAGAAGGUAUUUUAGAAAAGCAACAAAAAUAUUUUAUUCAUCGUUAGCUCUUGGCUUAAGGAUCUACCAGCAGUGCAUCUUCUUAAGCAGGGAAAGCAAAGAGCCCUUCCUCCAGCCCUUCCAAUUAUAUUAUGCCUUCCUAAAGGUUUGGAAGGUCAUCAUCCAUCUGCUUACAGGCACACUCAGGCCCAGCAGGAAAAGGAGCCCACUCAUGCUGUCACCCGGGUGAACUCAGGAAUAGCUGCCCUCUGGACUUGAAAGGAGCUGACUGUUCAGAACAGAAAACUGCUAGCUGUAUGUUUCAUCUGGAUCCUCCCCACUCCCUUGGGCCACACCUUUUUCCCAAGCAUGAGGAAGAAAAGCAAUUCUUUCUACUCAGUUUCUAAAAUAAAUGCAGAGUGGAAGCCCAGGCCUCCUUUCUACUUGGAAAUAACUUCACCACUCAUUUCUCCUCUUUCCUUCCCUCUAUUGCGGUGAGGCGAGAUAAAACUGAUGGAGAGUGUUGUGGUACUAAUUCCAGUGGCACGGCAGACAUUACCUGACAUGUGAUCUGCCUCAUAAUUGUUUUGCUGUAUGUAUGGUUAAAAAAAAAGAACAAGAAAAACAGUGUUCAUAAAUAAUGUAAUACAACAUUCAAGUCAGGGGACUUGGGUUCUUUUCCUGGGAAAUUCACUCUGAAGAUCCAGGUUUGUGGCACUGGCAUUGAUAGUGAGCUUAGCAUGAAAUGUUUCUUUUAGCACAAGGCAACAGCUUACAAAAGGUAGUGCCUGCAGGCAUGGUUGGUUCCUGCAUGUCUGACCAAAUCAGAGUUCUGACUUGCAAAGGAAAUGAUUUAAAUAGUUUCCUAUCAUCAUUCAUGGGUGAAGAGGAAUUGAUUGGGAAUUAAGAUAGAAAAGUUGAAAAGCAGGAAGUAUAAAAAGGUUUAUGCCUAGAGCAGAAUUAUGCUAUCAUUGUAAUUAAAGUGAAACUUUGAUAAUGUUAUUAAAUAAUUCUGAAUAUUUUAAAAUUCUAAACUCCUUUUAUAAAGAAUACAAUGCAAUCUAACUUCACCAAAAGUAGUAUUGAUCACCUACUUUUCGUGAAAUACAGAAUUGUAAGGUACAGCCCUUCAGCAAGCAGACAAUUUAGGAGGGAAGAUUGGCAUGUGACACAGUAGAAGAAGAAAGUGCUGUUAUUAACAUUUGUUCAGAGAAGCAGACAAUCAGUGUGGCCAAUCAGUGUAGCAGACUAGUGAAAGGCAUGUUUUGAAAAGGUGGUGGGAAUGGAGCUGAAUGUGGCGGGAUGGGUAGGAAUGGGAGAGUCAGUGGGAGGGAGCAGGUGAUCCCAGAGCCAAGGACAACUUGAACUAAGGCCCACAGGCUCCUGUGGACUGAAGGGUUGGAAGACUGAACUGACCAGUAGAAAGCAUCAAAUGGGUAAAAUAGGAAUGAAGAUAGGAUACAUAGUGUAGGUACUCAUUAUAUGUGGACUUGAAAGUGAGGCAGAGAGAAUUAGGAGAUAGUGUGGUUUUCUCCACAGCUCUGAAUCUAAAUUUCCUUUCAAUAAAGCAUAUAUACCUCAUCAUCAUAAAUCUUUCUUCAUGAGAAGAAAGUAUUAAUUGUGAAUACCAUCUCUGACUGGAUUAUCAUUUUGUCCCAUUCCAAAUUACCUGAAAAGUAACCUAUUUAUCUUGAAGGAAGUGACAAAGUUCUUGUAGUAUUUCUUACUAAACUAGGAAGAAGUGAGCAGGUGGUUCUGUACAAGGGGGAUUCUGCACAAGCCUACAGUCAGGAAUUCAUUGCAUAGAUGUUACUCUAGCAACACUGCCACCAAGGAGAUUAUGCUAAAACUGACCACAAAGCAUGUCUCUAGAUUCUCCAGGUUUGUGCUUUUUACAUAGAAAUAACCUUAUGUGACAACUCACCCUAAGUUUUGGGGAGGAGACAUCCAGUCUCUUCCCAAUAGCAUACCUGUUUAGAAUGUGAUCCCUCCACUCCUUUAUUCAAAUUCUUGUACCCAUGUCCUGGUGCUAUGAGACUAUUCUGUGCCUUUUAAAAAAUAAUAACCAGAUUUAUUGAGAUAAAUUUCACAUACCAUACAAUUCACCUUCUUAAAGUGUACCAUUGUGAUUUUUAGUAUAUUCACAAAGUUGUGCAACCAUCAGCACUCUAAUUCUAGGACAUUUUCAUCACCCCGAAAAGAAACCCCAUACCCAUUAUCAGUUACUCCCCAUUCCCCCUAUUAACUCCCCCAGCCCCUGGCAACUACAUAGAAAUUUCCUGUUGCUGUGGAUUUGCCUAUUCCAAGCAUUUCAUAUAAAUAGAAUCACGCAAUAUGUGGCCUUUUGUGUCUGAUUUCUUUCAUUUAGCAUAAUGUUUUCAAGGUUCAUUCAUAUAGCAUGUAUCAGUACUUCAUACCGUUUCAUUGCCAAAUAAAAAGCAAUAAUUUUGUAUAAGGAUAAUUUUUAUUACUCAUCAACUGAUAGACAUUCGGGUUUUUUCCACUUUGGGGCUAUUAUGAAUACUGCUACUAUGAAGAUUCGUUUUGGGGGGAAAUAUAAUUUCAUUUCUCUUGGGAAUUGCUAGAAAUAGUAACUUCAUUUCUAACUUUUUGAGAAACUACCAAACUGCUUUACAAACAGGCUGCGAUAUCUCCACAUUCUCGCCAACACUUUUUUUUUUUUUUAACCAGUCCUGGGGGGUGUGGAGUGGUAUCUUGUGGUCUCUGUGCUUUAUUUUUUUCUACUGGGACUUCUGAAGUGCAGUAUAUAGAUAGAGAUCUUACACCAGAAACCGGCUUUUCCAAGGCUUGAAUACCUCGAUUGUGCUCUUCCUCUCUACCCCUACCCAUUUGGUUAGCUUGUGAGCCCCCUUUCCAAUUACAAGGUUUCUUAACAUAUUUAGAUAAGACUUUAUGGUAAUCUUAUCUCCAGUCACUCUCUUUGGAACAGACCUUCAAAAUGACUAUCUUUUUCAUUUGAAUGAUAAUGUUAGCUUCUCUACUUAGUUUCCUUUGACAUUUUGAAAAUAUACCUACAGAACAAUGCUUUCUUCUUGGUUCCCUUAUGUAUACAAGUAAGUUAUCAGCCAUUUGACUUACUGCAAAAAAGGUCUCUAUAUUGUAAUCAAUUAUUAAAUUUAAUGAGCAAGUUUUACUGUACAAGAAUAUGUACAAUUUGGAUAGAAUGAAAUAAAACCCUUGCUGACCCGCUGCAGGUGUGGAAAACAGAUAUUCAUAUACUUUUAGAGUGUAAAAUAGUAGAAACUUGCAGAGAAGGGCAGGUAGCUAGCUAUUUAACAGUAUGUAUCAAAAUCAUUAAAAAUUUUCAUAAACUUUGACCCAUCAAUUUCACUUAUAAAACAAUAUCCAAGGGGAAAAAAAUGCCCAACAGUAUGGGGGGGUUAGUUAAAUAAAUCAUAGCAUAUCCAUAUACUGGAAUAUUGUCCAUUGAAAACUAUGUAGUCUUGUUUUUAUUGCCAUAGAAACAGAUUCAUGAUCUAUUUUUUUUCAUGAUCUAUUUUUGAGUAGAAAUAGAUAAAUGAUCUAUUUUUUUCAUGUCUAUUUUUGUACAAAAACAGUACAAAAUAGUGCAUAUACACUAUGAUCUUAUUUUAGUAAAACAAAAAAAUACUUGUACACAUGUACUUAGACAAACAAAAAGUCUGGAAGGGCAUGUGUCCAAAAAGGGGACUGAUUUUUUUUUUAAUAAUAGGCAUCUCUGAUUUUUUUGAUCAGGGAAAACUAUAUAUUUUAAAGAAAAUAGAUAUUUGUUUUCCAAAAAUAACUGCCCUGUUUAUUAUAUGUAGGAAUAUUCAUAUUUAUAAGUAACUUCCUUUUUCUAUUGAUUUAUCUGUUUAGAAUUCUGGGCCUGACUUUUAAAGCAGUGUUUCCCAAAUGCAAGUCACAUCAAAAUCUUCUGGGGUGCUUUCUAAAAAAUACUGAUUCUUGGGCCCUGUGCCUGGAGAUUGUGAUUCACUGGUUAGAGAGAGGGAGGAAGGGUGCGCAAGCAUGGGAGCUGGGGGCUCUGAGAAUCUGUAUUUUUGUAAAGCGUUCUUUAAAAAAGAAUUCUGAUUCUGAUGUGUGGCCUGGUUUGUGAAAACUAUAAAGUAAGGUUGCCUAGUGUGGCUGAAACUGGUUUCACUUGAGUCUUUGUCCCAUCACUGCCAACUCACGCAAUGUGCCCACCUGCCCAGCCUACUCCCUUCUCUCCGAGAAUUCCCAUCACUCAGAACUGUACUGAAGGGGUGGGCCUAGCCUCCAGGUUCACGUUACACAUGUGAACCUCCUCUCCCUGCCACAAAUAGCUGGACCAAGAAUGGAGUCCUGAACCAAGCUAGGCUAAUAAGAUUUUCUAUCCCAGGAAUUUGGAACUAGGACCAAGAUUCGAUGUCAGUCAGGAAUGGGCACCAACUGGAAGGAUUUUUUAGGGC